UUCCGCAUCUACAGCCAAUCAGAGGACUCGAUGCUGCUGCAGCUUUAUUUGACUUCUUAUUUGCCCCGCACACAGGAGCUGCGAGGAAAAGCUGCAAGUUCGUGGUGUUUAUCUGCAGUUGUAGUUUUAUAUUAUUGUUGACAAUUAAGAUAUGGGAUAAAUGUAGCUACUCAUGCACAAUUCGACAAGAAAAGUCCACAGUGUAAAGUAUGUGACUUAGUGCCAUCCAUCCUGCCUUGGCCUCUUACCAAGUUAGUCAGCAGAAAGAGGAUCUUUGCAGUCAUCAGCUGGUGCACGAAAAAGUCCUUCUAAUGUCUUUAGUAGAGGAUAUUCUGGAUGUGCUGCGCGCCGUCCUGGAGUACUUUGGAGUGCCUCCAGACAUGCUGGUUCCAGUGUGGGAUAGUCAGCUGUGCGGCCAGCAUCGCAGCCUUGUGCGGAUGAUCGGGACCAACCUCCCACUGACACCUCCACCACGGGUCCACUUUCAGGUGCCUCUGCUCUCCUAUAGGCCCCAAGGUUAUGUCGACAUCACUAUGGAGACACCGGCCAUCCCCUCGUUUGCUGACGUCCUGUGGGUUUUUGAGGACGAAGGGGAGAGCUUUGCCAAGACCAGGAACCAUUUACUUCCAAAUAAACAAAUUACUGUAAAUCGGGAUGUGGCGAGAUACCGUGGACCGGCCCAGAAUAAAGCCCGGAGGGGAGGCAGAUCAGCUGAACCGGACACUCUGAAGAAGAUCACAGCGCUGGAGAGCGAGCUGCUCAAACUACGAGCUCAGAUAGCCAUGAUCGUUACCGCCGCUCCAGCCGCAGGUCUGCCGGAGUCCCAGAGUACCCCAGGCACACCUCUGGCGUCUUCUAAACUUCCUCCGGCUCUCACCUCCACGCCUCGCUGUGCUCCUCCACCACCACCUCCUCUUCCACCUCCUCCCUGCCCUGACUCCUCCAAUGAGACCCCGUCUAUACUAGAGCUGCUCCGCCAGCGCAGGAAGAACGAGAACAACCUCGACAAGGCUCAGCUCAAGCCCCAGGACUCACAAGGAAAAGGGAUCCCAUCCAUGCUGGAUGUUCUCAAGGACUUAAAUCAAGUGAAAUUGCGUACAGUUGAGAGAUCACCAGGGGGCACACCAGUCGGAAGAAGACGCAGUAAGGGAAGUGCAGCGUUGCUUAGCGACCCGGCGGCUCUCAUCGCUGAAGCGCUCAAGAGAAAGUUCGCCCAGCAUCGCCACAACAACUCCUCCGACAAAGAGAACUCACUAGAACUCUCACCGUUCGGCAGUCCAGAAACACCCAAGAUUCCUCUCCAUAUCAGACGCAGUAAGGGGCGCCUCCACCUCUGAUUCUGUUGAGCUGACCCCAAAAUACCAAAAGUCAGACCCCCCCAUCAGCUAAUUACAGCUCCCACAGAUGUGCCUCACAAACGAACUACUACUGCAGCUACUGAUCUACAUUUCUUUUUUUAUUCUUUUUGUUUGUCUUUUCUUUUAUUCUUGUAGGAGUGUUUGUCUCACAGCGAACAAAGUGCUUGUUUCUGUUACGUAUGUCAUCGUUGGGAGGCUUGAAUGUGAAUUUGUGUUGCAGCGGUUGCUGUGAACAAGGAUUUUGGUACAAUUGUUUUUGUACAGAGGAGGCUUAUGUUUCCAGCGUUAUUCAUGUAUUGAUGAUAUCUUUUUAAUUGUAAUAAUGUAUAAAAAAAAGCAGGUGUGCACUGUAGCUUUUAGCCAUCCUGCUUAAAGGCCUUAUAAUUCUUACCUCAACUGUGUGAAAUGAACAAUGAGAUUCGCGCAGCUCUAUUCUAUGCAAACUGCUG